AAGAUGCGAAAUUAAGUAUAUCCUGGACGCCAUGUUACUCAGGAAUAUUGGGUGCCGUUGUUAACAGAUUUAGUGUAAUAUAGUUUCAUAAAGUGUAAAAAUUUAACUUUUUUUGAUAUGGGUCGCAAGAAGAAGAAGCUGUCCAAACCUUGGUGCUGGUAUUGUAACCGAGAAUUUGAUGAUGAAAAAAUUCUCAUCCAGCAUCAAAAGGCAAAACAUUUUAAAUGUCACAUUUGUCACAAGAAACUCUAUACUGGACCCGGAUUAUCGAUACAUUGCAUGCAGGUCCAUAAAGAAACUAUUGAUAAAGUACCAAAUUCAUUACCAAAUAGAUCUAACAUAGAAAUCGAAAUUUAUGGUAUGGAAGGCAUACCACCAGAGGACAUAAAAGAACAUGAGAGGCAGAAGCAAGGGAAAACAUCUGGUGGGAGGACGUCACCAAGCAGCGGUGAGGAAGAACCACCACCAAAGAAGGCAAAACCAGAAGGCCUGCUUGGUAAUGGACCAGGAGCUCUUCCUCCUGGAUCUGUAAUGCCAGGUAUGAUGACACCACACCCUCAGGCCCCUAUGCCACCACAUAUGGGACCUAUGGGACAAUUUGGACCUCCCAUGGGACAUCAUAUGAUGGGACCUAUGGCACCUCAUAUGGCACCACCAUUUAUGGGACCAGGUGGUAUGCCAGUGAUGGGACCCAUGGGUUCCAUGGCACCUCCUCCAGUGAACAUGGGUAUGAAUGCAUCAGUAACAACAACUCAAGCAGCUCAGAACAAACCACUGUUUCCAAGUACUGCCGCUCCAACAACUUCAGUCACCACGACUGCUACACCUGGAGGAACUACCACCACAGCUAAUGCACCCAUAGGCCCUGUGAAACCCACAUUUCCAGCCUACAGUACGGCAACGACUCAGAGCAGUCAGACUACGUCUUCACCUGCUGUUAAUGAGAGCCCACAAAAGGUUGCUCUUAUCAACACAACUGGUGCCUCAAGCAAAAUUAUCCAUCCACAAGAGGAUAUUUCCCUUGAGGAAUACCGUGCAAGGCUGCCUAAGUAUCAACGUCAACCACCACCCAAGACUGUAGAUACGUCAACAUCUACUCCACAGACAAGUGCAGAGGCUGAACGACCUACAGUUAUGCCUCGCUUUCAGCGUCCGCCAAUGGCUGUGGCAGCUGUACCUGUAUCAAUAGCUCCUCCAGUGAGCAGUGUUGCUAUAAUGUCCCCAAUGGCUGGACCACCUAUAAUGAGGCCAGCUGUGCCCCUAGGUCCCCCAACAAUGAUUGGAGGUAACAUGAACAUGAUGCGACCACCCCCCAUGGGGCUCCCUCCAGGCAUCAUUGGAGCACUUCCACCGGGAGCAAUGCACCCAUAUGCAACGCCACCUAUGGCAUUUCCUGGUCCACCUAUGCUGACUCCGAUGAUGCAUCCACGCUUCAGAUGAUCAGCCAAGCCAAACUUAGUCCUGGAGAUUUAACAAUAAAAAGAAUAAACGAUCAACUUAAUCCAACUUACAUCUUCAAGCAUCUAGCCACCAGGAAAUCCAUUUUAUCUUAUUUGUUGUGUGUUUGUGAAAUAUUAGAAGCACUCCGUGUACUAUAGUGUGAUGUUAGUAUCAAAUAAGCAGCCUUUGUUACCUAAUUAUCGUAUACAGUGUAGCUCAUAUGUAAAUCACUGUACACUAUUUUUGUAUUGUUAAGUGUAUCACUCAGUUUACUGGACAUUCAUCUACUGCGGCAUUUAUGUUCCAGUAAACACUGUUUUUGAUCAAAUUGGAUUGAAACCUUUGUGGUGUGAACUAAAUUUUAUUAACUUAAUGUUUCACGUUUGUGAAAUUGUAAUGUGCUGAAAAAUAAGAUUGAGGAGUCCUAUUCCCUGUUAGAGGGAAUAAUUAUUUAAUAGUAAUAUAAUGGUGGUGGUGGUGGCAAAGAUCAGACAUUCCACUCACAAGGUAGUAGCAACAAUCACAGCACUGUAAGCUGUUGGACUCCAAGUCCCCUGCCUUCUUUAGGCAGGCGAUUGUCUUUAUUAUCUUUCAUUCAGUUAUAAUUGUCAGCUAAAGUGCUAAUGGACAUUGCCCCCUGCUUUCCGACAGGUGAUUAUUUUCAUAUUAUCUAACCAAUCACAGCUCACAGCUGUUGGACAGAAAUGUCCCCUGUUAUGAACAGGCGAUUGCUUUUGACCAAUCACAGCUGAGUGCUGUUGGACUAUUAAGUCCCCUGUCUCAUGACAGGCGAUUGAUAGUUUGUAUUAAAUGAUUUUGAAUUGAAAAGUUAAGAAAAGAAGAUGUGUGUUAACUGCCAAAAUGAAAGGCAAGUACAUAUUUAUAAUUUAAUUGCUGCUGUCAGUCAUUUCAAAACAAUAUUCAGUUUUCACUGUUGUGCAUAUUCAUUGUAUAAGACUUGUAGAAACACUGUUUCUAAAUAAAUUUUGUUAGAAAUUCAGAAA